AUGGUCAAAUGGUCGAGUCCCACCUCCUUGGCCUUGAUGUUCUUGAUCUUGUCGUCGAUCUUGACCUCGCCUUGGAGCGUUAAUUCCAUUGGUUCCGAAAUGAGUUCUGUGCCAAAUGCCAGCUUGAUUAAGCUCAAAUUGCUAGAAUGUCUUAGAUCCUCUGACAAGGACAAACUGCGUGAGCUGAUCACGUACUGUCGGUCAUUGACGCCGCCAGAUCCACAGAUAGCAGCACUCGACCGCCAGGUGCUCAUCUUUGCCGUCCAGGUGGCUCCCCUGUCCAUUAUAGAAUACAUCGUCCAGAAUAAACUCGUGCAGGAUAUAAAUGCCCAGGAUGAGCAGGGAAACACGGCGCUACACUAUGCAGCCAUAUCUGCACGGAACGACGUCAUCAACGUCUUGGCCGCGCAGGACGAGAUCAACGACUGUAUCGUCAACAAGCAAAUGAAACAGCCCAUCGAGUGCUCCUCCAACAUGGACACCGUGCAGGUGCUCUCGGACGUUCGCACGAGGUUUGUGGAGGUGAAGGCGAACGAGCUGCGAAACGCGUUUGAGGCCCGUCAGUUCCCCGUCCUGGAGAAGCUGCUCAGCAACCCAAGAGUCAAGGGGCUGUUGGACAUCAACGGAACAGAUCCCGUCACCGGCGACACCGUGUUACUGGAGUUUAUCAAAAAGGACGAUAUACAAAUGGUCAAGUUCAUUCUGGAACACGGUGGCGAUCCGUUCAAGCGCAACCUCAACGGUAAGCUGCCGAUUGACUCGGCCACGUCGUCUGCCAUGAAAAAGAUCAUGAAGGACUCGUGCAACCACCAGACCAUGAUAGAUUCCACCAAUCAGACCGGUCAGCCACAUGCGGGACCACCCACUUUCAAGGGUUUUUUGAAGAAAUGGACCAACUUUGCCGGCGGAUACAAGCUUAGAUGGUUCAUUCUCGAUGCGGAGGGCAGAUUGUCAUACUACAGCUCGCCAAACGAUAUUUAUAACUCUUGUCGAGGAAUGAUUCAUUUGGCCAGCGCCCAAUUGCGCAUGGACAGUUCCGAGAAGUCCAAGUUUGAAAUUAUCAUCAAGAAGCGGGGCCAGAAGUCGUCGUUGAAGUGGCAUCUCAAGGCCAACCACGUUAUCGAAACAAAUAGAUGGGUCUGGGCUUUACAGAAUGCCAUUAGGUACGCAAAAGACCUUGAGAGACAGCAGAGACAGUCGAUUGCCGACGAGCAACAGCGCACCAAGCUCAGCUCGCGGAACAAGGAGAGUUUCGAAUCGACUCGAUCCAACAGUACCCAAAACAUCGGCAACCGUGGCCCCCACGGCGAGUUACCAACCUCGCCAAUCACAUCGCAUCAACGGAGUUUCUCCAACACAUCGUCUGUUUCUGUUUCUUCAGAUGAGGAAGGAUCGGGUCCAUUGUCGCCAAACACCAACAAGUCCUACAAGAAACCUAUGCGGAAGCUGUCCAAGCUGACAAAGAAGACCAAAGAUGCGUUCAGUCUUCCAGAGAUCAAGGAGAACUCUGAUUUGAAGCUUCCACAGCAGAAAGAUCGGUCUCCGUCUGUCGGUUCGUUUGGGUCGAGCGGAGAAGCUGGCAGCAAGCUGACUAUCUCCUCGAUCCACGAGGAUGACCGCGAUAGUGCAUUGGAUGACGACGACGAUGAUGGAAGCAGCUCCAAGCUCGACUUCCACGACAGCAGUCUUGCUGAUCCGGAAGAUAUCAGAGAGCCAGGACUGAGCAACUCCGAGCUUGCCGUGAGCAAGAACCAGAUGAAGAUCGAGCUGAGAUCGUUCGGCGAGUUUUUAACUGCUGCGGAGGCCGACGAGUCUAUUCCUAAGGAUCAAGUCAUCGAGGUGGCCAUGAACGUGCUUUCGAACCUGACGAAUCUGUCGGACACGCAAUCGGAGCUCAUCACCAAGUACGAGACCAAGUUCGGCAAGGUGAUCGACAGACAGCAGGAAAUCUCGAAAAUCUGGGAACACACGCUCAAGCGGCUGGAAUUGGAGAUGCAGUCUCGCGAGCAAAAGAUUGUGGAGUUGGAGGAUAAAUUGCACGGACUUAAGAAAUCUUUGAAGAGCAAUCCAAAUAUUGUUCGUGCUGUUUCGGAAGCUGCUCCGACCGAGACUCCGCAGAACAAAGUUGAUGAACCAGAGUCUGAGGAACCUAACCAGAUAAUGCUUUUCUUGGGAGAAGAAGAGGAGUCUGACGAGGAGUUUUUCGAUGCGGAGGACGAUGGGUCUGAAAGUGGUCCGGAGCCUGCGGAAGCGGGCAGUGAGACCGUUCCCGUGGCGCAGGCGAGAGAGGAUGCAUCGGCCGACUCGUCUGAGCAGACAGCUGGCGCUGCCGACGACGCACGCACCGAGAAAACGGUGAUCAACGAGCCCGAGGAGAUCAAGGGCUCAGACUCGGUUGUUGUGAAUGGAUUCCCGCUCAAGAACAACAAGCAGCUCGAGAGAUACGACAAGAUCAACUCGGAGGCCACUUUCAUGGGGUACGAGGACCCAAUCCGGACCACUUUGCAAAAGGAAGACAAUAGACCCAAGAUCUCGCUGUGGAGUGUUCUGCGGUCGAUGGUUGGGAAGGACAUGACCAAGAUGACUCUGCCUGUUGUUUUCAACGAGCCAACGUCGUUGCUGCAGCGGAGUACCGAGGUGAUGGAGUACGCAAGUCUUUUGGAUAAGGCUGCGUCGAUCGACGACUCUGUGACGCGGAUGAUAUACGUUGCAGCGUUUGCGGCUUCGGAGUACGUUUCCACCGUGGGGCGGAUUGCCAAGCCGUUCAACCCGCUUCUUGGCGAAACGUUUGAGUACGCGCGUCCGGACCAGGGGUACAGAGUUCUGGUGGAGCAGGUGAGCCACCAUCCGCCUAUUUCUGCGCUGUUGGCCGAGUCUGCUUCGUGGUCGUACUACGGAGAGGCUAAUGUGGAUACCAAGUUCUACGGCCGGUCGUUUGACAUCAAGCAUUUGGGAACGUGGUUCGUGGAGCUGUUCCCUGGGGCCGGUGUCGUUGACAAGAAGGGCAACAAAACGAUUUCUGAGACCUACUCGUGGAAAAAGAUCAAGAACUCGGUGAUUGGUAUCAUUGUCGGCAACCCAACAAUCGACAACUACGGUGAGAUGGAGAUCCGCAACCAUACAACGGGCGACUAUAUGAGCUUCAGUUUCAAGCAGCGUGGAUGGAGAGCCUCGAGCGCCGGAGAGGUGAAGGGAGAGGUGUUUUCGAACGACGGCAAGCUCAAGUACACUGUCGGCGGCCAUUGGAACUCCAAGAUCUACGCCAAGGAUAUGACGCGCGCGGACUCUCCACGGUUCCUGAUCUGGGAGGCCAACCCAAAGACAGAGAUGAUGUUCCAUCUGACCAACUUUGCAGCCUCGUUGAACGCUCCUCAGCCACAUCUGUUACCUGUUGUUGCAUGCACCGACACGCGACUGCGGCCCGACCAGCGGGCGAUGGAGAACGGCGAGUACGACCUUGCGGCCACAGAAAAGACUCGUGUGGAGAACAAGCAGCGGGCGUCGCGCAAGGCGCGCGAGAUGUCGGGCGAGGAGUACCUUCCGACGUUCUUUGCGCGGGCCAAACACCCAAUCACGGGCGAGCCGUACUGGAAGUACAAGGACAACUACUGGGUGCCGCGGAAGGAGGGCAAGUUGAAGGAUUACAAAAGUAUAUUCUAA